GAUAUUUUGACAGAGAUGACUGUCAAACUUAUUCAUUUGACUACAAAUUAAAAUAAAUGGCUGAGCAAAGCUUAAACAACCAUGAGGGAGCUGCUUCAGAAACACCAGAAGCUGCGACUCUCUCUGAAGCCAGCUAUGAAGAAGGACAUUUUAUUGACUACACUAUGUUUGAACCCAAAAAAUAUUAUGCUGCAUCAACUAAAUCUAAAAAUGCAUAUUUUUAUCAAGACUACCCUUACGUGAAGCCCACCCAAUCGGAUUUUGAUAGAAAAGAGGUUACCGGCAGUAAACUAUUUGAAAAAACUAAAAAAGUAGUUACAAUUGAUUCAACUGUAAAAGACGAGCCUAGUAGAGAUGCCUCAAUUCUUAUAUCAGGCUUUGGGAUGCGCAAUGUGGCAUCUUUUCAACAAUUAAUUAAAAUGUCUCACGAAGAAAGAAGAAAAUGGGAGUUAAAAAAGCUUUGGAGAGAUGAACAUGGAAAAACUAGAAGAUCUAAGGAAGAGGAAGAGUUGCUUUUGGCAUCAGCUCGCUCUACUAAAACUGAAACAUCUACCAGUACAGACUCGCGAUCAAGAACAUCCAAAACUAGUUCAGAUAGUUUAACACAAACUGAUGCGACUAUUAGAAAAAACCGUCCAGAAUUGAAACAUUUGGAUUAUCUUCUAGGCUUAGAAACGGAAGUUGAAGAGGAACCAAAACCAUUUCCAGAAAUAGAAGAAGAAGGUGCUACAGAUUAUUUUAAAUAUUCUUCAAAAAAAUCAGUGAAAGAAGCUCAGAAGUAUUUGAGGAUUCAUAGAAUAUUUGAAUGUUUUCAAUUUAUUAUUGCCCACAUGCUAAGUGCAAAUGCCGAAAAUCCUAUUGAAUUUAUUUUAAACUUACUUAAUAAAUGCAUCCUAUAUAGGUCUGGAUUGGGAAAUCCUCCGCUUUUAUAUGAAAAAAAGCACAUUAAUAAGUUAUUUGAUUUAAUGGAUAGAAUGGGAUCGGGAUACAUAGAGAUUUGUCAAUAUGUUACUGGAAUGAAAACGCUUGGAAUAUGCACAUUUAAUGAGGAUCCUGAUUUAAAUGAUGAAGGUUUGGUAACAAGGGAAACGUUUGUGGAAGAAGCCUACGAAGCACAAGUGGCCAUUUUUGAAGAACUAAUUAAGAAAAGGCCCGAGAAAAAUAAACAGAAAUUUAGAAAAGCUCCAGGAAUUUUGGACAGUGUCUCUGUACCAAGUCUUAAUCCACCCUACUUCAUUCCUUCAGAUCUAUUUAAAUUUAGUAAGCAUCAGCUUAACAGUUCUACAUCAAGUCAACAUGAGAAUUUUGAAGGAGAGUAACUCUUAUUCAAAUAUUUUUAAAAUUAUUUAUUUUAGUUAUAUACAUAUACACUUUUUAUUUCUCAAA